GUGGAUGCUGAGAAGUCAAUCCGAACGCACGUGCAGAUAACUCUCCCAAAUCCGCGAUCGAAAUUCGAAUCGUGAUUUUUUUAAGUGGACGUUUCAUAUGUGCCAGUGUUAAAUGUGACGUUUUUUUCGGCCUAAUUAUUAAAAGGGUUUAUUUUAUAAAAAAAGAACACCUUAUAAGAAAGUUUACUUAAACCUUUCUUAAAUCACUCAAUAAUACAAAGCAGUGUUUUUGUGAGCGACAAAAAAUAAUGUUCAGUGCGCAGUGGUUAAAAACAAAAAACAUCUCGACUAAAAAGUGUCAGUGAAAAUGUGUUUAAGGAGAUAAUAUCGAAACAAAUAAUUAGGAUGUGAAGCCAUGUUGGAAUGCGUGCGUCGCGCAGGCCCAGUUGUACGCGCGUCGACUAAAACUGGACAAAAAUUCUUGAUAACAACGAGACUCGUAUUUUUUCUUGUGCCGUUCAUUAUACUUCUGUCUGUAAGGGACACCGUAUCUGGCGCUGUGUCGCUUGGCGCCCACCUUGUAUGCGCACGCGUCGCCGGCCUCACUGACAAGCAGCGCGCCAUGUGUCGUUCGUCGCCCGCCGCUAUCGCCGCCGUGGGGGACGGCCUAAGAUUGGCGUACGCUGAAUGUCGGUCACAGCUCGGCGGGUACAGGUGGAAUUGUUCCGGUAUUGGUGAUGGAAAUGAUUUUGGACACGUCAUGCCAUUGGCUACUCGUGAAGCCGCGUUUACUUACGCGAUAACGUCAGCGGGAGUCACGCACGCUUUGAGCACGGCCUGUGCGCGCGGAGACUUACCCGCGUGUGGGUGUUCUUCGAACAGCAGGCGGCGCUCACCAAGUCCAUCAGAACAGUUCCAAUGGGGUGGAUGCGGAGAGGCCGCGUACGGCGCAAGGUUCGCUCGGCGGUUCCUUGACUCGAGAGAAAUGGAAGCUGAUGCCAGAAGUCUAAUGAACUUGCACAACAACAGGGUGGGGAGGAAGGUGAGCGAGGUUGUAAAAGAUUUAGUGAGACGUGAGUGUAAAUGCCACGGUGUGUCUGGCUCCUGCGCGCUCCGCACUUGUUGGCGUGCGCUACCACCCUUCCGAGCGGUAGGCGCUGCCCUACGAGAGAAGUAUCACAGAGCUAGGCUCGUGGCACCACAUCCACCACCGGCCACGCAUGCGCCACAGACACAUCUUGUUAUACGAAGGUCAAGACAGAACGCCGGCGUAGGCAGGCAACCUCGCAAAUCUGAAUUAGUUUAUCUUGAACCGUCCCCAUCCUACUGCGAGGCGGACCCCGCUACUGGAUCUCUGGGAACUCAUGGACGCCAUUGUAAUAGAACGUCUAGAGGUGAAGAAGGCUGCGAGACGCUCUGCUGUGGUCGCGGGUACAACACAGUGCGCACGGAAGAAGAAACUAAAUGCAACUGUCGCUUUCACUGGUGCUGCCGCGUGUCCUGUGACAAGUGUGUCACACGCAGCGAAGUUCACAUCUGUAACUGAACGACAUCUAGCGAAGAGUAGCGACACUACGUUGUCAAAAUCUUUUAUAAUUUGGCAAAUAUAACUGACUGAAAAAUGAAUUGACUUAUAUAUCAAUCACAUAUUGUAUGCUUUUUCUUUUUCGAGUGUAUUUUGUUUUGUGAAUAUUGUGACUAAUUUCAAAAUUAUUAUAUGUAAUGUCUUUUAAUAGAUCUUAUAACUUAAAAUGAAUGUAAAAAAUAUUGGACUGUAAAAUAUCAUUAUUGCUUAAAAAAUAUUAUAAAAAUCAACCAAUACCACUCUCUACUUCAAUUAUAGAGUUGUACUCUUAAAUGCGUACUUAAGGCAAAUAAAACUUCCAUAAUAAAAAAUUAAGAUUAAAACCAAUAUCAGUUAUCUGAGUUAUGUCAAUAUUUUAAAGAAUUUACAAACAAAAAAAAAACAUAUUAAAAAGAGCAAUAUUUAUUAAAAGUAACAAAAACUGACUGCAGAAUUACAAAUUUCACUAAAUAUAUAUAUAUUAUUUCUACUUGAUAUGUAUAUUGCAGAUUCUAUAAUCAUUAUAUUUUUUUAUUUGUAUAUUUUCACCAGUAUUUACCACAAUUAACGUUUAUCUUAAUUUCCAUUUAGAUUUAGACGCAACGGCUUUAAAAUUAUAUUUAAGUUACACUAGUUAUCUAUUUGGAUUUAUAAAGCGUCAUCUAGCAGAGAAUAGUGUCAUUAAGAGAACAAAUAAUAUUAAGAAGAUAACUGUAUGACAUUUUGCAUUUAUUAAGCUUAUUUUUUGGCUGGUUUAUAGAAAUGAAUAUGUAUUUCUUAUAAUGCUUUUUAAUGAGACAAUUGUAAAAUUACAUUAAAACAUGCCUUUUUAAAUAAGCCAAUGUACUAUUUAUACAAUGUUGAAUAAAAUGUCUUUAAUAUAUUUAAAGAGAAGGCAAUUUAACUACGGCAAUUACUUAAAAUAUAUAACACAAUAGAUAAUUAUAUAGUGAUAAUACUAAUACGGUAUGCAAUUAAAUGGACAUAAUAUCAUAAUUACUUAUUAAAUCAUUCCGUUUAGCUUAAGAUCUAACUUAUUCAUAUCACAAUACAGUUUUAAAUAAACUUUUUUCACGUC